GAGCAUACCGCCGAGUCAUUGAAGAUCUACAGUGACUUGUUCGAAGAGGUGAUUGAGCGGGAUCGGGUGUUCGGCACUUUGCUGCGCAAGGUCAAGACGGCCUAUGACAUGCAUUUGCAGGAUCGAGAGGCAAGUGUUGUGCCACCAAUGCCUGGUGCGGAGGGUCUGCCAAAGGCCUUACCUCGAGGCUUUGCAACGGAUCCGUCCCUGGCAGCCGAGGCACCUGAUCCUUCUCAGCCGUGGGAGCUGCACCGCGAGAACCAGGCGUUGAAGGACUUGAUCGAGAGGCUGCACAUGGAGCUGGAAGAAGCUGUCAAGC